AAAGGUGAAAAACAGAACACCACUAUCCCAGACGCUUUCCGUGAAACCACUGUUUCUUGUUUUAAAGCCCUACUCUGGAAAACUCGUAUAAGCUUAGCUUUCAGCUUUCAGUAAAGGCGUCUUGACGAAUCUGCCAUACUCAAAAGAAUCUUACCAUGGAAGCUCUCUCUACUUCAGCAUACAUCUCCAAUUUGCCUGAGACCAAGCCUGUCUUCAAAUCUUCGCUAGCUUCAUCCCAGUCUUCGUGUUGGUUGUGUAGUUCGCCAGCCAAGCGAAUCCCCAAGAUGAGGGAUGGGUCAAGUCACGGGCUUCGUAUACAAGCUCUCUUACACAACGAGACACCAAGUGAAGGUGGAGAUAAUCUUGGGAAGAGUAGUGAAUUUAACUUCUUUCCUGGUGAUAUCUUUUCUUUGUCUUUGGAAAAGCUUGAGAGUGUAAUCGAUGUGGAGACAUCUCUUGCACUUCCUCAGGGUGCUGGGGGAAACCGAGCUGGGCUUUUUAGAACUCCUAUAUCUGGCGGAGUUCAGAAUGCUACAUCAGCUCAUGCGUUACCUCGUCCUGCUUUAGCUGUACGGAACUUGCUGGAGCAGGCUAGGUUUGCUCAUCUAUGCACAAUGAUGUCUAAAAUGCACCACCGUAGAGAAGGGUACCCCUUUGGCUCUUUGGUUGAUUUUGCUCCUGAUCGGUUGGGGCAUCCAAUAUUCUUACUUUCACCGUUGGCCAUCCACACACGAAACCUCUUGGCUGAACCUAGAUGCAGUCUCGUUGUUCAGAUGCCUGGAUGGAGUUGCUUAUCUAAUGCAAGAGUGACAUUAUUCGGUGAUGUGUACCCAUUGUCCGAAGAUGAACAGGAGUGGGCUCAUAAGCAAUACAUUGCAAAGCACCAGCACGGAACUUCUGAGCAGUGUGGAAACUUUCGCUAUUUUAGAAUGCACAACAUAAGUGAUAUAUAUUUCAUUGGAGGCUUUGGAACGGUCGCAUGGGUUGAUAUCAAAGAGUAUGAGGCCUUACAGCCAGACAAGAUCGCUGUUGAUGGUGGUGAGCAAAACCUCAAGGAACUAAAUGCCAUCUUCUCAAAGCCGCUUAGAGAGUUACUGUCAUCUGAAUCAGAGGUAGACGACGCUGCUCUCAUUUCUAUAGAUAGCAAAGGGAUAGAUGUACGGGUUCGUCAAGGUGCUGAGUUCAACAUACAAAGGCUAGCAUUUGAGGAAGGUCAUGGUGUUGAAACGUUGGAAGAAGCUAAAGCUGCACUAUGGAAAGUGAUUGAGAAGGUCAAACUGUACUAUUUGCCGAAAUGACCAAUAACCUCGAGUUUGCAGAAAUGACCAAACCUCUUUUUAUCUAUGUUUUUACCCAAAAUGGAUGUUAAUCUGGAACUACGGGGUUGAAAUCUGAGUUUAAUAAAAUAUUUGGGGGUUACUUUUGAUA